AUGGAAAACGCUCGUUGUUUUUCAAACCGUUUUGCCGACUACCAAGGUGCGCUUCUCGCAGGUCAGGGAAUCGAGAAAGUGGUACCCGCUGUCAUAGCGACCAUAGAUAAAAUAUUAGUGCUGUCAAAGGUUGAUUUAAAUGCUUGUGAUGGAGGGCUGUACGAUGGUCCUGCGGGAGUGGCGUACAUGCUCUACCACGUUUCCGAAUGCCCUCUGUUCUCAAAGCAAAGAGAGAAUUAUCUCAAGACAGCCAAGCAGAUCGUUGACGUAUCUGUGAGGUACGUGGAUGUGGAGCCAGACCAAAAUAUGAGUGCCGCCUUUCUCCUCGGCGGGGCAGGUAUCUAUGCUGUGGCCGCGAUGGUCUACAAAGCCUUGGGGUUGUCAGACUUUGUCAAGCCGCUGACAAAAUUUUGUAAUCUGUGGAAGGUGUGCGCGCCCAUCAGCUUCAUUGAGUGUGGCUCAGAUGAGCUUUUCGUUGGCCGCGCGGGGUACCUUUGCGCUGCCGUAGUGCUCAAACAGAAGUUGGCGAUAGAGAUUCUUAGCAUGGAUCAAGUCAAGGCCAUAUGCCAAGCCAUCAUUGAAUCUGGCAAACAGUAUGCCAGAAAGAGAAGAAAGCCCUUUCCUCUUAUGUUCACCUACUAUGGCACCGAAUACCUCGGUGCAGCCCACGGGCUGUCAUCGGUGCUUCAGAUGCUGCUGUCCUACCAGGAGGUGCUUAGCGGAGUCGAAAGAAACCUGGUGUGGCACAGUGUGAACUUCCUCAUGAACCAGGAGCAGAACUGUAACUGGCCGGCCGAGCUGGGUGCUAUGAUAAAGAAGGAGAACGAACUGGUGCACUGGUGCCAUGGGGCUCCUGGUAUGGCAUACCUGUUUGCCAAGGCCUACCUGAUCAACAACAAGCCCCAGUAUCUGGACACGUGCAUCCGCUGUGGAGAGCUGGUCUGGGAGAAGGGGCUGCUGAAGAAGGGGCCUGGCAUCUGCCACGGAGUGGCCGGCAGUGCCUACGUCUUCCUCCUCCUCUAUCGCCUCACAGGAAACAGGAAGUACAUCUAUCGAGCACAAAGGUUUGCAGAGUUCUUGUUCACGGAUGAGUUCAAGGCAGGUUCCAGCUCGGUUACCAGUUUUUACAGUCUCUUCGAGGGCCUCUCAGGCACUGUCUGCUUCCUGGUAGAUAUCCUCCAGCCUGACCAGGCAGAGUUCCCACUUUUUAGUAUCUUUGUGUGAAGCCCCACUGAGUCAUUGCUCCUGUUUCAAUAUUUAUCGAUGGUUUGCUUAGUUAAGUUUGGAAGAAAAGAUAGAAACAAUCGCUUUCAGGCUUUAUUACACUUUGUAUGUGUUUCACUUUGGUUACUGAUGUUGUGAAAUGGUUAGUUAGUCAAAUUAAAUAGUUUUAUUGUAGAUAUUUUUAUUGUUAGUAUAAGUACAGAGCGGUUGUACAUUUCUACCUUAAACAUUUGUAUAUUCUGUAAAAAGGACAUGCACACAAACACCACACCGUUAGUCAACAGUACACUAUUCCAAGUUAGGUGCCAACCCUUCUUAAUAGGA